UAGUUGAACCAGUUAGUGAAGAUUGUAGAAGAGAAUUAAAUCGAGCUUUAAUAAAGGCUUUUAUUUGUUGUGGUAUACCUUGGAUAGUUAUUGAUAACUCAUUUUUUAUUAAUUUACUUAAAUUGUUAGAACCUGGCUAUACUCCUCUGCAUAAAGAUACUUUAGCUAAUCGGUUAUUAGAUGAGGAGCUUGCAAUUGUUACA